AUGGAUCUCGACAAGGUCAGAAAAGGUACAGGCGAGCUAUCUGAGAAAGGGGAGGGAAGCAUUGACAAAGGACAACGGGUGGACGUUGAAGUACUUGAGGAGUCCUACGGAGAGAAGGAAAGACGAAUCGUCCGGAAGCUCGACAUGACCCUCAUGCCCAUGAUCUUUAUACUCUACCUGUUCAAUUAUCUCGACAGAAAUAAUAUUUCACAAGCGAAGCUGGACAUGUUCACCCAGGAGUUAGGUCUUCAGGGCAAUGAUUCCAGUACUGCGGUUUCCAUUGUGAAUGUUUCAAUGCGACGCGACGCUGUCUCAACACACGAAGACAGCAGCUCCUUUCGCCAUGGUCUCAAGCUUGCCGUCACAGAUGCAUUAAUUAUGUGCUCUAGCCAGACUUCUUACGGUUUCACAUAUUUUUAUCCCUCGAUCGUCGAUGGCUUCAAUCGCACGGUCACCCUCGCCUGCAUUGCACCCCGAUAUAUAGUGGCUGCCUUGAUUUCGUACGGCAUGGCGUGGUCCAGCAAAGAGCGCGGAUUCCACAUCAUGCUGACGGUUAUGAUUGCAAUCGUGGGAUUUAUCCUUAGUGUUGCCACACUGGGCAUACCUGUCCGAUAUGUCGCUUCGUUUCUCUUGGUUGCUGGUGCUUUUGAGGCCAGCCCAGUGAUUUUCAGCUGGGCUGCGAGGUGGGUCGGAAAUGUCUGGAGCCCAUAUUUCUUCAACGAUAAUGAUGCCUCGCAAUAUUCUAUUGCAAUGGCUCUGCUGAUGGCCUUUUCGGCUUUGGAAACCGCUCUAUGCGGUCUGAUGCAGUGGCUUCUGUCUCAGGAAGAUGCGAAAAACAUCGUAAGGAAAGAUCAAUCGUCCGGGUGGUGGCUCUACGCGCUAACGACGCCUAGGUGUCGACGAUGUCGAUAUCGCAAAUUGAAAUGCUCCCGCACCGAACCGUGCCAGAGCUGUUUAUCGGCCAACCAGAACUGCGAGUACCGUGAGACGGACUUAAAAAGACGAGCUGAGUAUACGUCAAGUCUAGAAAGGCGAGUCGCAUGGCUCGAAACCUUCAUCAGGGAUCUGCACGCCGCUUCACCAGACGAAAGAGAUAGACAACUGAGCUCGGCCGUAGCCAAGGAUACGUUGUCUACCAUAGUUUCUCCUCCCAGACAUGACUUGGAUAGCCACCCCUCAAACACCGAGUAUCGUGGCGGAUCACUUCAACGAAGCCCUGAUGGUUUAUUUCUAUACCAUGGACCAACCGGCAUCUAUUCUAGCUGGCCAUCUUGUACCAUAGGAAGCGCCUUGGAUUAUCUAGUUUCAACGGUGCCGUUGAAGCUCAUCACAGGGAUCUAUGGAAUCAAUGUGCAAAAUGAAACCAUAAUCUAUGGGUUAUUUUGCCGAUGGCAGUACCCGUACUCGAUGUUUAUAUAUCGGGAGGCCUUUUUACGCGAUCAUUUUAUCGACCCAAAAAAUUGCAAAUAUUGGUCUCCUGACCUUCUCCUGGCUGUGUGUGCAUUGGGAUUACAGAUGUCGUCCGAUCCCAGCGAGAGAGAACUUGGCGAUCGUUGUUAUACCGCAGCGGAAAGCGUGUGCACUGUCUCAGGCUUACCAAACCCUUCAAUUUUGACCGUGCAGACAUUUUUGUGUCUUGCCUUUUACGCCCUGAGCAAGGGGUACUUGUCAAAAAGCUGGGGUCUCUCGGGGAUUGCAUUCCGUAUGACUCAGGACCUUGGCUUUCACAAAGAUCCCCGGCACUGGAUGAUCCAUGACCUUUUGAUAAUCACUACCGAGGACAUUGAGAUACGGCGUCAGAUAUACCGGGGCUGUUAUACUUCAGAUAAAUUGAUCAGCUUGAUAUUAGGGCGAUCUGUUCAGCUUCCAUGGCAAGAUGCGUCGGUUGAAUUGACUGAAAUCCUCCCGUAUGUGCAGCCUUGUUCUGGGAGCUCUUCAGCACGACUGAUCUCGACAGUGACUUCCCGAAGAUAA